AUGCUUUUCAGAGUACCACUCCUUACACUCCUGUUCGGUAGUCUAACCGCAGGAUAUGUGGCCCCAUACCCACCUGGCAAGUACAAUGUCACAUUAACGACGGGGACUCUGACCGACUACACCCGCGAUGACCCCUUUAUCGCAACACCAACGCCUCGUAAAUUAAUGGUGACGGUCUUCCAACCUGCAACUUGCGAAUCCACGGUCCUUGUUCCCUACAUGCCCAACAAAACUGCUGAGUACCAGGGUCCUUUCAUCCAAAAGUAUUACAACAUCUCUGACGACCUUUCACCCCUCUUCCUGGAGGCGCGGUUACCUGUGUGUCCGGCUGACCCCAAGGGCUGCUCACCCGUUGAUGACGGUCCUGUUCUUCUUUUCUCUCCUGGAUACACUGGCCCUCGCCUCUUCUAUAAUGUCGUCGCCGCCGCCAUUGCGAGCGAGGGUUUUACUGUCAUCACCAUCGAUCACCCUGGAGAUGCAAACAUCGUCACCUAUCCCGAUGGUCACGCAGUAUACAACAACCGUACGAGUACUCCUGAUAUAGCCGAUUGGAUCCUGCCUUACCUCUCUGCCCGCGUUGCCGACGCAUCCUUUGUCAUUGACCAGCUCAGCAACAAAACUGCCAUAGCCGAGCUUCUUCCACAACGCGGGCCCCAAGCGUUCGCCACUGAUCGCGUUGCCAUGCUGGGACACUCGCUGGGGGGAGCGACGGCCGUCGCGGCCGCCAGUCAAGAUCCGCGGAUACGUGCUGCUAUCGAUUGGGACGGGAGUUUCUUCGGCUCGACACCUCCAUCGGGACUGUCAAAACCAGUGCUGUACGUGUCUGAGGCGAACGCUACAGAUGCAACGUGGGUUUCGCUGUGGCCGCAGCUGAACGGUCCGAAGCUGUGGGUGGAAAUCGCGGAUACCACUCAUCAGAGCUUCAUAGAUGCACCCUCGUUGUUGCGGGCGGCUGGACUGACCACGCCGGCUUUUCCAGACGUGCUGGGAACGAUUGACCCAGCUCAAUUGAUUCAGAUCUUGGUGGCGUACACGAAGGAUUGGAUGAAUGGGGCAUUUGCUGGCAAGAUAGGGGGACCAUUGCUGGAAGGGCUGGAGCCAGAUAGGUUCCCAGAAGUCUCGACUGUGAGGAAAGGCAACUUCUAA